AUGGGAAAUACCACUUUGUCUCCUGUCCAGACCGAGUCUGAGGUCGUGGUGCCGCGCGUGUUCCCGUCGUCCGCUGACUACCGCCUGCAAGGCGCCCCGCAUUCCUACGUCUUCUUCGAGGACUCGCGACCCGAUGCGCCCGCUGGCACCAUCGUCGCCAUCUGCCUACCAGGCAUCGGAGACACCCGCCGCCAGUUCCGGUUACUGGGGCCAUUGCUGCACCACCGAUUGGGCUUUCGCGUGCUGCUUGGAGACUUGCGCGGCUUCGGCGAUUCCACGCCAUUCGAGGACGAUGACGAGCACACCUACUCGGCCUAUUCGCCGGAGUCCGUUGCGUCUGAUGUGACCAGCUUGAUGCAGAAGAUCAGCGCCUCGGACCCAACUUGCAGCUUCGUGUUGCUGGGCAACUCACUCAGCGCCGGGUCGAUGGUGCUCGCCGCGGCGGCUGCAAAGAAGACAGAGGGCGGACCCCGCGUUGGUGCUGUAGUUCUGCUCGGACCCAUUCUGCGAGAGUCACCCAUGGACUCGUGGUUUCGACCGCUCUCGCACCUGCUCUUCCGCCCGUUGUAUGGCGCUGCGAUCUGGGCGUCGUACUACAAAACGCUCUACCCCGGCAAACGGCCUGAAGAUUUCGACGCCGAGUUGGAGAUACUCAAGACGCACCUACAGGUUGAGAAGGGCAACAUCCUAAACGUUGGGCGAUUCGCUCGUGCUAGCAAAGCUCGCGUAGCGUCUUCACUCCUAGAGCUCGGGAAGUGCCCGACAUUGCCGGUGCUUGCCUUUUUCGGCAUGAAGGACCCGGACUACGCUGAUGUCAACGACGAGAUCAUGUGGUUCACUACUGCUGUGCCAUAUGCCCAGCGCUUCGAAGACGCUGAAGGUGGUCACUACCCUCACCUCGAAAACCCUGAGCGCGUGGUGAAGGCGAUCGAGGAGAGCUUGUUAACGACGACUCGG